GCCGGGCGGCGGCGCCCGGCGGCGGCGGGCGGCGGCCGCCGAGGGAGGGGGGCGAGCAGCGGCACGCCGACUACAUGGCGGGCAUCCGCGAGCUCGCCGUGGAGGCGCUGCGGUGGCCGCACCUGGCGCCCUGGCAGCGCCUCGAGUGGGCGGCGGCGCUGCGGUACGACGCCGUGCCAGUGAAGGAGCUGCCGCCCUGGUGGCUGGCUCCGAGGAGCCUGACGCGCAGGGACAUCGGCGUGGACCUGGUGAGCCUGGACGGGGAGCGGGCGGUGCAGUGCAAGUGCUGCAACGGCACCGUGCAGACGAAGGACGUCACCCACUUCAUAUGCACGGCGCAGAACGUGUUCAGGGCGUCCGAGAUCAUCCUGGCGACGUCCGAGACCUCCCGCCUGACCAGCGGCGCAGCAAUGGUCGUUGAGUCUGUUGGCGUGAGGCACGACGUUUUGCCGAGCACUGUCAUCGAUGAGCUACUGUCCAGCACUGCAGCAGCGCUCCCACCGCCUCAGCGGGACUGCCUAGCGGCUGCCCCGCUCAGACCAUGUCAGCGAGAUUGCAUCCGUGCCUGCAGGGCUGGAGCCCGCAUCAUCGAGAUGGCAUGCGGCACGGGCAAGACGCUUGUGAUGCGAAGACUGGCCGAUACUGCUUCAGGCCGCGUCCUGGUGUCGGUCCCGUCCCUCGCUCUGCUCUGGCAGCAUAUUGCGACAUUUCCUGAAUUCUGCCCCGUUGGGACCAGGUAUAACACGAAGAUCGCGUGGGAUGCGCCAGGAUACAUUAGUGUGACCGACUCUGUGCACCUCCUGGGAAACAUCCACUUUUCUGAUAUAUUUGUCGACGAGGCUCAUCAUCCUUUGCCGCCGAUGUUCCCGAAGGGCGACAAUACAUAUUGGUCGGCGGAUUUUUUCUCAGCAACGCAUAAGGCAUGUCCCGACCACUCUUAUGGAAUGGGCCAGGCGAUCGAUGAUGGUGUGUUGUGUGAUUACGACUUGGUUGUGCCAGUGGUGGAUGAUGAGGAGACUACGUUCGCUGCUCUCGCGGGCCUGCUCCUUACGAAGGUGGGGCAUUUCCGGCGCGUCCUUGCAUACUGCAAUUCGAUAGACGAGGCUCUCCUCUUCAAGAACGAGGUGGCGAAGCUUGGACUGGUUGCCUGGCACAUUAACGGCGAGACUCCACGCGCGGAGCGCCAGCGAGUGUUGAAAGCAUUCUCCCGCCCUCUUCAGGGUCCUGCCCACGUGCUUGUGACGGUGCAGGUUCUGGGCGAGGGGAUUAACAUUGGGAGCGCCGAUACGUGUUUGUUCGUGCAGCCCCGGCGCAGCUACGUCAGCAUUGUGCAAGCCGUGGGCCGAGUCCUUAGAUUGCACCCCAGCAAGCCGCUGGCGCAUGUUAUCCUUCCAGCGGUGACACCUCGCCACAGUGGCCAGGAGCAGCCGCUCGGCACCCAAGACGCGCACGGGGAAGCCCACGGUGACCCCGCAGAAACAGAGGCCGAGGCGCUCGGCAACGCUCCGUCCGUGGGCACCGCUGUGUCCAAGUCAACACCUUCUGCCACCAGCUCUAUUCGCCGCGCCGCGAGCUCUAGGCACCCAACGCUGUCCAGCGCGCCUCUACCGUCGCCAUACUUGGCAGAUGAGAGGCGGUAUCGCGCGGAGUCAGGCAGCGCGGAAAAGGAGCGCAAGAGCCUGGCACUGCAAGCUGAGGCCACGAGUGAUGUGCGGGAUGUUCUGGCGUCGCGGUCACAACGUGCUAUUUCACAGCAAAAGGCCAGCAGUGAAUUGGAACGCUUCGUGGCCACCCUGGCGUCAGCAGAUUGCCGUUUCAGAUCAGAGUUGACGCUCGGGUGUAGCAGUCGCAUUUCUUUGUUUGACACCCGAAUAUGCACAGAUCAUCAGGGCAAUGGGAUUCAGGAUUUGGAGCAUCGCGUACGAACUUCCUUGCAAGCGUUGUCUAGAUCGGGCUGCCAGUGGCAGUCAAGAUUGCAUCAGUUGUGCGUGUUCCUGAAGGCCCACGGCAGGUUGCCGACACAGGGCACGGUCGCCGACGAGGAAGAGCUCAGGCUAGCCAAUUGGCUCAAACGGCAAGCCGGACUCUUCAGAUCCCAGCGCCUGGCAGAGGACCGCGAGGCAGCCUUGAGGGGCGUCCACACUUUGGUCUGCAAGAGGUUGUCGGGAGAGCGGCACCAAGACUGGCAGUCCUGGCUUCAGCAGUUGGAGGAGUUCCUGGAGGCCCACGGCAGGCUGCCGACUAAAAGCAAGGUCGUCGACGAGGAAGAGUUCAGGCUAGCCCAGUGGCUCGAACGGCAAGCCAGAUUCUUCAGAUCCCAGCGCCUGGCAGAGGACCGCGAGGCAGCCCUGAAGGGCGUCCACACCUUGGUCUGCGAGAGGUUGUCGGGAGAGCGGCCGCAGCAGGACUGGCAUUCUUGGCUGCAGCAGUUGGAGGAGUUCCUGGAGGCGCACGGCAGGUUGCCAACACACGGCAAGGUCGCCGACGAGAAAGAGCUAAGGAUAGCCCAGUGGCUCAACGCGCAACUCUCACUCUUCGGAUCCCAGCGCCUGGCAGAGGACCGCGAGGCAGCCUUGAGGGGCGUCCACACCUUGGUCUGCGAGAAGUUGUCGGGCGGGCGGCGGCAGAAGGACUGGGAUUCUUGGCUGCAGGAGUUGGAGAAGUUCCUAGAGGUCCAUGACAGGUUGCCGACACACGGCAAGGUCGCCGACGAGGAAGAGUUCAGGUUAGCCCAGUGGCUCGACAAGCAAGCCAGACUCUUCAGAUCCCAGCGCCUGGCAGAGGACCGCAAGGCAGCCCUGAGGGGCGUCCACACCUUGGUCUGCGAGAAGUUAUCGGGAGAGCGGCGGCAGCAGGACUGGCAGUGUUGGCUGCAGCAGUUGGAGGGGUUCCUGGAAGCGCACGGCAGGUUGCCGACACAGUGCAAGGUCGCCGACGAGGAAGAGUUCAGGCUAGCCCGGUGGCUCAAACGGCAAGCCGGAUUCUGCAGAUCCCAGCGCUUGGCAGAGGACCGCGAGGCAGCCUUGAGGGGCGUCCACACUUUGGUCUGCGAGAAGUUGUCGGGAAGGAGCAGUAAAUAUAAGUUGUCGCGAGCGUGGGGCAGGCCGCGAUGACCACAUCCCUCAGGAGGUCCACGGCCAGACCUGUCCUGAUGCCGGUUGGCCAGAGAGCCGAAGUGGCGGCUCCAGCCGUGGCCACGAGGAGUCCCAGGAGGCCCGGGAAAUCGAACGUCGA